AUGGUUUCGGACGACGAGGAUCUGGAUUGCCCUCUUUGCAUGGAGGAAUUCGAUAUAGCCGAUCGCAAUUUUCGCCCUUGUCCUUGUGGCUACCAGAUUUGUCGUUUCUGUUGGCAUCACAUCAAGUCAAAUUUGAACGGGAGAUGUCCAGCAUGUCGACGCACCUAUACGGAUCAGAUCGUGCAGUUCAUUCCUGUCAGCAAGGACGAGAUUGUACGGUUCCAGAAGGAAAAGAAGGAAAAGGAACGGCAACAUAAGGAUAUGAAGGAUUCGAGCAGAAAGCACUUGUCCAAUGUCAGGGUGGUCCAAAAGAAUCUUGUCUAUGUCCUUGGCCUAAGCUCCAAACAUGCGAAUGCAGAGAACGAGCUCUUCAAAAAGUAUGGCAAGAUUGCAAAGCUUGUUGUAAGCAAACGCACCACUACGCAUCAGUCGUCAUCCAGCAAUGGCAGUCAAACAUCCUCAGUUGGCAUCUAUAUCACCUAUCAACGCAAAGACGAUGCUGCCAAGGCUAUUGCGGGUAUCAAUGGCUCAACUUUUGAUGGUCGAUCGCUUAGAGCGUCGUAUGGCACCACAAAGUAUUGCACCUACUACUUGAGGCAUAUGGCAUGUCCCAAUCCCAAUUGCAUGUAUUUGCACGAGCCAGGGGAAGAUGUUGACAGUUACACCAAGGAUAGCAUUGGUAAACCCCAGCCAAGUGGAUCAUCCACAACAUCCACGGUGCCUAGCAAACGACCUGCACCUGCUCAAGCCAAGCCUGCUACAACCACUCGUGCUGCAUUGGGUGAAUCCUCAUCUUCUACCUCCACUUCGCAAAUGGCUGUGGAACCUGCUUCACCACCAAAGAAAUCUGCAUGGGCGCCUAUACCAAAAGUUGUGCCUCCACCACCACCUCCACCUGCGCCUAUUGUAGAAGAACAACAGCCAUCUUCAUCGUCGACAGAGACACCUGCUAAUAAGGAAGAGGAGCCUGUGUCAGUGCAGCAGCAACAACAACGACCACUUGAAUCAACACCAGCACCAGUAGUGCCAUCACCAAAGCAAAGAAAGCAAACACAUGCCCCUGAACCAGUCAAGAGUGCAUCUGACAAGGCAACCAAACCCAUUGCAAUUGAAAAGAAACCAGCACUUCCUGCAGCUGCAGCAUGGGGCAAAGGUACCACUGGCACGAGUACAGGCACUGGAUCGGUGGCAUCGAGUCUUGAAAACAGCACCAUUACGACACCUGUCAACUUUGGUCCUUCUUUGUCAGACGCGCUUAGUGCACCACAAAAGCCCAAGCACUCUCCGACAAUCCCACGCAAAAAGGAAAAGAAGUUGAAGUCCAAGAUGGUACGAUUGGAAGAGUUUGAAGAAGGUUUAAAGAACAAUACCAAUGGGCAAAAGGCGCCUGUUGCUGGUGGUAGCAACAAUAUCAAGGGCAAGGCAGCUGUCACUGGUGGUGGUGGUACAAGUGCAUUAUCUACCCAAUUGCGACGUAGCGGUGAAUCAGCAUGGCAACCCGUACCUAAGCCCACUCCUGUUGUUAUUGCACCAACCAAGUCUGCUGAAACUCCUCAACAACAGCCAAAGGAUCAACAACCACAACCACAAAAGGAACAGCAACAGAAGCAAAAGCAAAAGAAACAACCUGCUGCCGCUGCACCUGUGAAGCCAAAGGAGGAACCAGUUUCUGAAAAUGUUGUCAAACCAGAGCAAGUGGAUAAUGUACGACCCAAGGAAGAAGAUGUGGUUAUGGCUGAACCUGUUCAAGAGCUUCGUGAUGAUCAACAACAACCCUUGGUGGAUCAAAAGGAUGAGGCUCUUGAGCUCAAAAAGGAAGAGGAUCAGAAAGAGGAUCACCGUGAUGAGCAACAACAGCCUACUGUAUCCUUGCAGAAACCUGAAGCUAAGCCCGAGGAAGACAAAGUUGUGGUGGAUCAACAAGUGGAUCAUGUGGAGGAAGAAUACGUGGAGUCGACAAGUGCAAAGGUAUCAUCACCAUCCCCUGAAUUCAGUGUACAAGCCCAGCCAUCCUUUACCAGUUACGUGCUUGGUGAUUUGAUGGUGGAUGACGUGAACCAGCAAGAUGAACAUGGCAGCUUGGAUGAUGAAGGUGGUUUAUCGAGUCUCAAGGCUGAUUUGGCAUCAGAGGAUGAUGAAGGACGUUUGUAUGAUCAUAUGUCGCGAUCUGAAAAAGUACAACAAGAUGAGUUGGGAGGUACAUCACCAUUGGGAGCUCUUGAUCAUGGAAUGAUUCAACCAUCACCCGAACGACCACCUUUGUUGGAUGAACAAUUGGAUCACGUGCAUUUCCAUACCAUUCAUCAACAACAGCAUGGACCCUCUCCUACAUUAUUGGAUGAUUUGCGAAUGCCAAUGGAACAACAUGGCAGUGGACGUGCUCAUGGGCCUCCUCCUGGAUUCAGUGGACCACCUGAAUGGCAAUCGCAUCACUUUGAUCCAUUUAAUGGUCAAGAUCCUGCAGCUGCUCGUCGUUUACAGCACUCUCAACAAAUGUUGGAAGCAUCAGGUUUAUUCCCAGGAUUUGGAAGACCACCUCCACCUCCACCACCUUCUUUGUUUGAUUUCCAUGGCAACACGCCACCUCCACCACCAGGCAUGUUUGGUUUACCGCAACCCAUGUUACGUCAACCUCCACCACCUCAUCACCAUCAUCAACCUCCACCUCCACCCCAUCAUCCUCAUCGUCAUCCUGAUUUCAUGAACAUGCCACCAGGUCUUGGUCCAAUGGGGGGUCCUCAACAUCAUCCACCACCACAACCUCCACAGCAACAACAAUCACCCAUGGAGAAUCAUCAUCACGACAUGAUGCAUUUGGAAAACAAUAUGCAGAGAUUGAGUAUGCAUCAGCAACAACAACAACAUCCUAAUGGACCGAUGGCGGAACAUAGGGAAGACCCUGUUCGAUCGAUGCAAGAUGAUCUACGAGCCCUGUUACCUAAUGUGAAUAUCAGCUUCAGUCCUAUGCGUGAUGAGGAUCCUUCACACAAGCCCCAUACCCCAGAAAUAGAAGAUCCUUUCCAUCGUCGUCCAUCCGAUUUGAGCAGCAACACGCCUAUCUUACAGCAUGAAUCGGAUCAACAACAACAGCAACAUGACAAGAUUCUUUCGACAUUGACCAACAAUAGCUCAGCAGUCCACAAGCCUGAUGCUUAUCCUGAAGAAGAGGAGGAGAAGGAGAAGGAAAAUGUUGGCAAGGACUCUGAUGUGAAGCAAGAAGCACAAAACUUUUUCGGCGAGUUUUUGCGAAAGGCAGCUGCAUCGACACCUCAUCUCAUGAAUGGACAACAUUACAAAGAACCAGGAUCGAUGCCUUUCCAAGAUCCAGCCAUCAUGUCAGUAAGAAUGAGCAAUGGUAGCCCUGGACCCGCAGCAGCUGUGAUGAAUGAGAGGAGGGAUAUGACAGAAUCACAAAAUGCCAUUUUGCAAAUCUUGGGAGCUCAACCACAAGCAUCUGCAGAGCAUACGCGAUUUCCAAUGGAAAGACCUGGUUUCGAUGCACCCUUAUCCACACCACCUGCACAUCAAGAUAUGAUGAACAAACCACCUUUUGAUAUGUUCUUAUCUCCGCAUCAACAACAACAACAGGAUCACCAUCAUCAUCAUCAAUCUAUGCGACAACCACCACCACCGCCCAUGUCAUUCCAUCAUCAACAACAUCCCCAACAUCAACCACCGCCACAACAACAGCAACAACCCCCAUCAUUCAUGUCUGGUAACUUUGGAGAAAUGCCUAUGGGUAUGAUGCCACCACCACCCCAUCAUUUACAACAACAACAUCAUCAUCAUCCACCGCCAUUUGGUCAACAACAACAACAUGAACAACCCCCACCGCCACCACCGCCAGGUAUGAUGCAUCCUGGUGGCAACAACAAUAAUGGUGGUCCUCCUCAUCCUCCUCCUCCACAUCCUUCAAUGCACCAUCAUCAUCCUCAUCAUCCGCAUGGACCUCCCCCUCCGCUGGCUGCAUUAAUGGAAAUGAAAUUCAGACAACAGCAACAGCAGCAACAUCGGAAUGGCAACUUGCCACCUGGUCUCUUUCCCAGUGGCGGUGGUGAAGGAUUAUAG